CGAUCGGCAAACAAUUCAGAGGAACUAGAACACUCUGUCCUUGUGCUCUUGCACCGAGAAUCCACCCAGAAGCAACCUGCACUCAGCACAGGCUGUCGACGUGUUUGUUGGUUGCUACACUGGAUUGUACAACCCUAACCUCGCAGUCUCGCAGGGACAGUCGGCUGCAGGAUUAGGAGUCUGACUGGCUAUCGGCUCAGGCAGUGCAAUCACACGACAGGCAGCCCUUGCACUCUGAGGCCUUUCAUCCCUGCUCUCUGUAUCCCCUGCUGCCAUCUCCUUCCAGCACAUUGUGUGGAUCCCCAGAUUUCUCAAAAGGAGAGAAGAUCCAUAUGAACACUGUGCCGGAGGCAUCAUGGAUGUUGGAACUGUGACAAGUUUAUCAAACUUAUCUGAUUCCUUCAAUCACUUCCUGUCGAGUUACAAAGACCCAAAGCUCUUGUACUGUCAAAAUGGAGGGUAUUUUAUGCGAAUUCUUCCUGACGGAACAGUGGAGGGAACACGAGACCACAGUGACAUAUACAUUCAGCUUCGGCUGCAGGCCGUGUGCAGAGGAGUGGUGACAAUUCAGGGGAUUGAAGCCGGACACUACCUGGCAAUGAGUGAAAAGGGUCAUCUUCAUGGCUCGCCAUCUCCGACAGAAGAAUGCUUCUUCCUGGAAACCCUGGAGGAGAAUGGCUAUAACACGUACAGAUCCAAAGAGUACUUGGAGAGGAACUGGUACGUCGCCAUUCGAAAGAAUGGGAAUGCCAAGCCAGGGCCGAAAACCAACGCUGGGCAGAAAGCGAUCCUUUUCCUUCCCAUGCAAGUGAAGAACAAUUAGCAGGACGCCGAACGGCCACCACAUUCAAAAAACUUCUGAAUGGACUUCUGAAAGAGGAUUAAAUGGUCAAUGUGUUGAUAGAGGCAGGUGACUAGUGAUAGUCACUAGCAGUAAAAAUGAGACCUACAGAACAUUUUCCCCUUCACUCAUUUCUGGCCAUAUUUACUCCUCCUUUACUGGCACCUUUGACUUAGCCUGGAACCAAGGAGGUUUAGUCAACAUGCUCCUUCUGACCUGACCAUCCCAGACAGAAAGCCUUGGCAGUGGUCAGUUUUCAAGGGCUCCGGACUAAAGCCAACCCUGACCUGUCUGGACAAAGUGCAGAUAGGGAUGAAACAACACCCAGAUACAGACUGGGAGCUUGAGCUCUCACUGCAUUUCACAUUCAUUACUGUAUCAUUACCGUUAUUUGGACCUCUCCCAGAUCGGAGAAGAGUUCAGAAUUGUGCAGCUUACUGACAUAUGAAGUAUUUUACUUAUUUAGAGAUGCAGCAUGCUAACAGGCCCUUCCUGCCCACAGUCCCGCACCACCCAAUUACACCCAUGUGACCAGUUAACGUACUCAGCCAUAGGUCUUUGGAAUGUGGGAGGAAACCAGAGCACCUGGAUGUAAGCUGUACAGUGACAGGGAGAAUGUGGGGACUCCUUACAGACAGCAGAACUGAAUCCAGGACGAUGUCGCUGUAAAGUGAUGUGCUAGCCACUACACUACUGUGCCGCCAAGUUCAUAAAUUCUCAGCCACGGAAGGAGGGGCAGGGUGAAGGAGGGAGGUGGUUGCCACUAGGAACCCAAGUUGAGGGGAUGUGCUGUUACUAAGUCAUUCUAUAACUGACAUUUAAGAACAAAACCUCAUGAGUUUUCCUCUGCAGUGGAGUAUCUGACCUUUGGGUAGGGUUACCAGCUCUGGCAGUAGUUAAUAUGUACUUCCUGGAAACAAUACCUGAGUUAUAUUAAGGCAUCCGUUAUUCUUGCGAGACCAUGGAUCUGCGCCUGGAAAGUCUUCACUCUCCAGGGCGCAGGCCUGGGCAAGGUUGUAUGCAAGUCUCCCCUCUCCACGACACCGAUGUUGUCCAAGGGAAGGGCAAGGGCCAAUACAGUGGCACCAGUGUCGUCGCAGAGCAAUGUGUGAUUAAGGGCCUUGCUCAAGGACACAACACGCUGCCUCAGCUGGGGCUCGAACUCACGACCUUCAGGUCGCUAGUCCAAUGCCUUAACCACUUGGCCACGUGCCCACGAUACCUGAGUUAUGGUUUGAAAUAAAACAGGCCAACUAUGAACAUGACCAUCUUCACGUUAAAUAACCACUGCAUUAUAUCCCGAUCUUCAAACAUUACAGGUGUGUAAUUUCACUUCCAGUAAGGAUUCAGAAAAAACCCGACUUCAUAUCGGAAUUUUAGAAUACUAAAUUUUGACAAUUGUUAUUUUAUUUCAACGGUCACCUACUUUAAGCUGCUGACCUGAAAGGUGAGAGAUUGAUGUCAUAAAUUCAGUUCACUAUGCUCUCUGCAUACUUUAACCAUGUAUUUAUUCAUUAUAGGCUGGAUGAGAUCAUUAAAGAAACAUUGUAAACUCAGACAUAGCGGUUUCCUUUACGUAAUUCCUAAGGCAUGUUAUAAAAAGAAAUCUGUGAUAACAUUAUCACUUUAUGCUGAUACAGUGUCAUGAGGGAUGAUGUAACUAAUAUUGUAUUUUCUCCUUAUUAGAUGUGUGGAAAUCUACUGAUACUAUUCACAAUAAACAUAAUAUUUUAA